AAGAGGCAGUAUGGCCCCUGACAGGCACAAAUCAAGAAAGACCUGUAUAUUUAUUCCCACAAUCUAGCGAACCAUAUUUGCAUCCAACAUGGAAUCACCCACCAGCACCAUAAUGAACCCAACCAGCAACAGCAAUGGCCCCCGCAACAUCUCAGCCAAACCACGCUCACCAGCACCGACGCUCGGUUACCAUCUAGCUCGCAGACUAGUCGAAAUUGGUGUAUCCGACGUUUUCUCAGUACCAGGCGACACCACUCUGACUCUUUUCGACUAUUUCGUUGCAGAGCCGGGGCUGAACCUCGUUGGGUGCUGUAGUGAGCUGAAUGCUGGGUACGCUGCCGAUGGAUAUGCGAGGGCCAGAGGUGUGGCUGCAUGCGCUGUUACGUUCACUGUGGGUGGGCUAAGCAUUCUGAAUGCAAUUGCUGGUGCUUAUAGUGAAGAUUUGGCUGUUAUUUGCAUAGUUGGUGGUCCGAAUUCUAAUGAAUAUUGUGGUUCUAGGAGAAUUCUUCAUCAUACCAUUGGCUUGCCUGAUUUCAGCCAAGAACUUCAUUGCUUUCGGGCGGUUACUUGCCAUCAAGUGAUUAUCAAGGACUUGGAGAAUGCUCAAGAGCAAAUUGACAAUGCAAUUACAAUAUGUUUGAAAGAAAGCAAGCCUGUUUAUAUUAGUAUCUGCUGCAAUUUGGUGGCAAUUCCACAUCCCACUUUCAUUCCCAACCCUAUUCCACUCCACUUCUCUACUACUAAAUUGAGUAGCGAGAUGGCCCUGGAAGUUGCCGUAGAGGCAGCUGCAGAAAUCCUGAACAAAGCAGCGAAGCCAGUUCUAGUGGCCGGACCGAAACUCCGAUCUAUUAAAGCUAACAGCGCCUUUGUUCAGUUAGCCGAAUCUUCCGGUUACGCAUUUGCAGUAAUGCCUGCAGCCAAAGGACUUGUCCCCGAGAAUCCGCCUCAUCAUUUCAUCGGGACAUACUGGGGCGCAUCCAGCACAGCCUUAUGCGCAGAAAUAGUCGAAACCGCGGAUGCAUCGCUCUUUAUUGGACCGGUUUUUGAUGAUUUGAGCAGUCUCGGCGACUCGCUGUUCUUCAACAAAAGAAAUGCUAUUAUUGCAGAAUCUGAACGAAUACUGAUUCAUGGAAUGCCUGUGUUAGGGCCUGUUCUUAUGAAGGAUUUUCUGACAAGACUGUCUAAAAGAGUUGAUUAUAAUGCCAGUUCGUAUCGAAACUACGAGCGAAUUUGCGUUGCGGAAGGUGUUCCUCAACAGUUGGAUCCGAAAGAGGAGUUGAAGGUUAAUGUUAUGUUCAAGCAUAUUCAGAAGAUGUUGCUUGGUGACAUGGUUGUGAUAGCUGAGGUAGGUGACUCAUGGUUUCACUGCCAGAAGCUCAAGUUGCCGCAGGGAUGUGGAUAUGAGAGUCAAGUGAUGUAUGCUUCAAUCGGUUGGUCAGUUGGUGCAACACUUGGAUAUGCACAGGCUGAACCAGAUAAACGAGUUAUUGCCUGUAUUGGAGAUGGAAGUUUCCAGAUGACCCCUCAAGAUGUGUCAACAAUGCUAAGAUGGGGACAUAAAAGCAUAAUCUUCUUGAUAAACAAUGGUGGAUAUACGAUCGAAGUUGAAAUCCACGACGGACCGUAUAAUAUCAUCAAGAACUGGAACUAUACUCAAUUGGUUAAUGCAAUGGACCACGGCCAAGGCAAGUGUUGGACUACAAAGGUUCGAUGCGAGGAGGAGCUAAUCGGAGCGAUAGAGACAGCAAUGAUGGAGAAAAAGGAUUGCUUGUGCUUUAUAGAGGUGAUAGUUCAUAGAGAUGAUACCAGCAAAGAGCUGCUUCAACUUGUGUGCAGGCUUGCCGCUACUAAUAGCCGCCCGCCGAACUCGUAACUGUCUCAAUAGUCUUGUUAAUGUGUCCCCGUCGAGUCGUCGAUAAUUUAAUGGUAGGAAUGUUGUAAUUUAAUCCGUAAGAAUCGAGUUUGAAUUUUUUUAAUUUAUUUUACUAAAAAAAUAAAGGCAUUGUUGUAAUCGGUUACAUUCAAAUGAUGAUACUCGAGUUUACAUUAGCAUUAGCUAUGUUUUACAAUGCACGAAAACUUCAUUCAA